AUGGCUCCCGCAAAGAAGGUUGGCAAGAAGAAGGGCCGUUCUGCCAUCAACGAGGUAGUGGCCGGAGAAUACACCAACAACAUUCAUGAGCACAUCCAUGGAGUGGGUUACAAGAAGCAUGCCCCUUGGGCACUCAAAGAGAUUGAGAAAUUUGCUAUGAAGGAGUUGGGAACUCCAGAUGUGCACAUUGACCCCAGGCUCAACAAAGCUGUCUGGGCCAAAGGAAUAAGGAAUGUUCUGUACCAUACCCCUGUGCAGUUUUCCAGAAAAUGUAAUGAGGAUAAAGGCUCACCAAACAAGCUCUACACACUGGUUACCUAUGACCUGUCACUACUUUGA